UUGAGCGCCCCUCUCGGCCGAUGCCAGCCAUAGAGAGCAGAGGCGGGAGUAUGGCUAUGGCGAGCGUGUUCUUAUCGCUUCCGCUCCUCCGCCCUCCAAGUAGAGAAGCAGUACCAUAUGGCACAAAAACCGAGAAUCCAUUUUGUAGAACAAGAUUGUAUAACAAAAGCUUCAUUUGUAGGAAAUCCAUCCACGUUCAUGGAAGUUUUGCUGCUGUUGCAUCAAUGCUUGGAAGAAAUGCCAAGAAAAGAGACAUUGUAAUUCCUGAACCAGACUAUAGAAUACCAGUUGUGUUACUUGGAAUUGCAGGUGGACUUGUAUACCAGGACAAUCUACUACCAGCAGCUACGAUAGGUCUACUUGGAUUCUUUUUACUCAUCCAGGCAACUAGAGUACGAUUUGUCUUUGAUGAAGAGGCUCUGGAGGUGAAAAUUGGGAACCAGCUUGAGGAGUCAGGGGAAAAUGUUUUUGUUGGUGGCAAGAACCGUUGGAGGUACUCCACUUUUGUAAACUGGGAAUUCUGGUGGCCACAGUUCCCAAUUCUGAUAUAUUUCAAGGAGACACAGACUAAACCUGAAGGACAAAUUCACUUCUUUCCAGUAAUUUUUAACGGUAAGCAGCUAUAUGAUGUCAUGGUGGAGCGUGCCGGGCCGUCGAAGACUAGUGGACCAAAAUAGCUGUGAAGCCUUCGUGCAGGUGGAAAUAAAGAGGAGGAACAUCCGGAUACCGAUCACCUCAGAGUCAUCCAGGAAGAUAAAAUGGCUAGUGUCAUCGUCACCAACAAUCUCCCUGCAGACUUUCUGUAGGAGGAAGUUCACACUGGAGUUAUGCCUGCAACAUCGAGUGAGUGCCUUCUAGCCAAACUUUUCUCUCUAGUCGAGUCAAAAAGUCUAUUUAUUUAUUUAUUUAUCUUCUGCUGUGCCUUUAUGAUGGUAUCAUAAUGGAGUGUUCUACCAGAACCUGUUGACAACUACCAUUUACUUCCCAAUAGUCAAACUUUUCACAUUGUUGAUCUUCUUUGUUGUUAGACUUAUUAUAAGACAACUAUCAUAAAAGUUUUGUUGUCUGAUUGAGGUA